AUGACGGUUCUGUCGGCGGAGGGCGAGACAGCGCGGGAGCGCCACAGGCCGGACGGGGCAGGACCCCCAAUUGCAGUCUAUGUUCCUACUCUGCAGUGCCGAAGAAGGCUGUGUUCCGGGGAGCACCGUGCCGUGCGGCCGAAGAAGCGAGGGCCUUCCUCGCCGUCUCCAGCAAACGAUACGCCCGCGGCGGCACAAAAAAAAAUAAAUCCGCGGGCUCCCGAAACCAAGCCGCGAAUUGCGAUCGCAGGGACAAAUUCAAAAAUCACGGCAGAAAUAAAGAUUCGAAGCAGCAACCGCUGGCUGCAGAACCAAACCCGCACGCGGCGGAGCAGCAGGGCUGGCGGAGGCGGGAAGCGCACGACCGGGCUCGACCCUUGCCCAGUUUCCCGCCUCCGCCUUCCCCGCGCUCACGCGGCGACGGGCGGGUCCGUUCCCGCCGCCGCGGCCCGCCGGCGAUGCGGCGACGCUGGCUCUCCGCCGACGGCGUCCUCGCUCUGCUCCAUCUGCUUGACUGCUUCUUGUCGAUUCAGGAACUUGUAUGGGAAAGGUGGCAAGGACCAAGGUGGUGCAGCCUCCAGCCAGGAUGGAGAGCGAGGUAGAGAGACAAAUGGGGGACCUUAUCCUAUGCAAUCGCAUGUGCUUUCUGAGCUUCUGUUCCGAUUAAUUUAUUCCCAUCGGAUACCCCUGUUAUUUUCUCCUUGGUCGUCACGCCCAAAAGAGGAAGUUUGAUGAAUAUACUCCAGACUCCAAGAAGGUACCUGCCUAUUUCCAUCUCUAAUACUGAGGAACAUGGCGUUGCUUAUUCGAAUUGUUCUAUUAUUUCCUUUGCCCCCAUCCCAUCAUAUUGUUUUGUUAUGAACUUAUGAUCCGUUCCAUCUCGUUGUCCCAUAUGCAAUCACAUAUGUGACUAGAUAUACACAACACUGUCACAA